UCCCACCUAUACCUCCAUAUAACACAGGAUCAUCCCACCUAUACCUCCAUAUAACACAGGAUCAUCCCACCUAUACCUCCGUAUAACACAGGAUCAUCCCACCUAUACCUCCUUACGGCACGGAAUCCAUUACUGCACCAAUAAGGCUUUGCAUCCACUCAACACCGGAGAGCCUAUCUCGUGAAACCUGUCAGUGACUCUCCUCCCUCACCGAUCAGACAGCUCCUUGGCUCCCGCGUGAUCCUUUGUCAUGGGCACCGUACUGUCGCUGUCCCCGGCUCCUGGGAAGGCAGGCCCCUUGGACGACAAAAAGCCGGAACCCUCUGGAGGUGGGUACUCGGCCAUCCCCAACAGCAAGAACGGAGGAAGCAAAUCGGAGAAAAGCCUGAAGCGACACUCUGUGCUGAUCUCUGCGCUGACGUGGAAGCGGCUGGUGGCAGCCUCGGCCAAGAAGAAGAAUGCCAAGAAGAUCAACCCAAACCCAGGGCCCAUCAAUGGCCCCCUGCUCCCCAACAACAACAACAACCCAGUGGAGCAGCUGAACCACGAGAACCUACGUAAAUCCCAGGCCAGCCCUGGCCGCAGAGAGCCAAAGCCGGUACCGGUGCCGACUGUGCCACCUGGUUCAUCAGAUGGUCAGAAGAUCCAACAGCACCAGCUGGUGGCUGUUCAGAAACAGGCGAGCGGCCGGUCCCUGUGUUCUCCGCGUCGGGUGAUAGUACAAGCUUCUACUGGCGAGUUACUGAGAUGCCUGGGUGAAUUUGUUUGUCGCCGCUGCUACCGGCUGAAAGAGCUAAGCCCUGGAGAACCCACCAUGUGGUUCCGCAACGUUGACCGCUCUUUGCUUCUGCAAGGGUGGCAGGACCAAGGUUUUAUCACUCCUGCCAACCUAGUCUUUGUCUACUUACUUUGUAGAGAGGCAAUAGGAGAUGAGCUGGCUACUGAGUAUGAGCUGCAGGCCACCUUUCUCACUUGCCUCUACCUUGCUUAUUCUUACAUGGGCAACGAGAUUUCCUACCCUCUUAAGCCCUUCCUGGUGGAAACCGAUAAAGAGGUCUUCUGGCAACGUUGCCUGAGCAUCAUCGACCGCAUGAGUGCCAAAAUGCUUCAGAUCAACUCCGAUCCUCACUUCUUCACGCAGGUCUUCCAGGAUCUGAAGAACGAAGGGGAGACCAGGGAGUCUAAUGGACAUUGGACUAUAAACUUGGACCGCUAGAAUGGAAGUAGGCUUAGCAGUUGGGUAGGGAUGGGGGAAGGACACUUCUAGACUUAAUCAAUGAAUAUUCACGAGCAAAGCGAAGACUGGAGUCUAGAUCCCGUUCACGAGGCUGCUGUCCACAUACGAGACACUUCAGAAGUUGGGUUUACUGCUCUUUGGCACUGAAUGUUUGGGUGUUUUUCUUUUUUCGUGUGCCCCGUGGCACUCUUAACUUCGGGGAGCUCCAAACCAUUAAUCUCUUCUCUGGCGGAAGGGCCUGGAACGCGUUUUGGGGCCCCUAGCGACCGUUAGUGAAAGGAUUAAAGGGCGGCACUAUACUUUUUGGGGGUAAUCACUUUUGAUAUUUUACACUUGCUGAGAUUAGGUGUGCCACGUGACUUCAGUUCCACCUUCUGGAACCAUACCUCACACCUCCAAGAUUGGGGGGGUCUUGGUUGAAUGAUAACGCUCUGGUAUGGGUGGGCUUUGAAUUGCACUCUGCUCCAGGCAAUAAUACCCCGCGGUAACAAUGUUUCCUCUCUCCAUGCCCCUGAUACAUAAGGCACUUCUUGUAAUUUACGAAGGAACGCUUCAGCCCGACGUCCUCUCCUUUCCGCUUUAAGUUCUGACGGAUGUUUCCAUGCCGCUAAAGCCGCCCCUAUAGAAUUCUGCAUAUCCGUGUAAAACCAGAGACGCUAUUAACCCCGUGCUACUGUGAAUCACAGUACAUGGAGGGGCUUUC